CGGGGCGGCGCGGCCGUGGUCCAGGCGCGAGCUCGGUGCACACUCGCAGCCACCGCCGCGCUUGGAGCUGGGAUCUUGCAGCCCAGCGUCGCUGUCGCCGCUGCAGUCGCUAGCUGCCGUCGCCCGCCCGCCUUCGGCGCGUCCCUGCUGCUCUCGGAUCUCUGCGGCCGGUACGGGAAACGCUCGGUCGCUCUGGGCAGUGUCCCCACUGCGGCCCCGCGGCGAUGGCCACCAAGAUUGACAAAGAAGCUUGCCGGGAGGCGUACAACCUGGUGCGCGACGACGGUUCGGCCGUCAUCUGGGUGACUUUUAAAUAUGAUGGCUCCACCAUCGUCCCCGGUGAGCAGGGAGCGGAAUAUCAGGACUUCAUCCAACAGUGCACAGAUGACAUUCGAUUGUUUGCCUUCGUGCGCUUCACCACCGGGGACGCCAUGAGCAAGAGGUCCAAGUUCGCCCUUAUUACGUGGAUCGGCGAGAACGUCAGUGGGCUGCAGCGAGCCAAAACGGGCACGGACAAGACGUUGGUGAAGGAGGUCGUGCAGAAUUUCGCUAAAGAGUUUGUGAUCAGUGAUCGGAAGGAGCUAGAGGAAGAUUUCAUCAAGAACGAGCUCAAGAAGGCUGGGGGAGCCAAUUACGAUGCCCAGGCAGAGUAACUCCAGCCCUCCCCCUGCCCCUUGCCAAAAUCAUCUGCCUGCUCCCCGGGGGAGGGGACCCUCGGCCUCAGCUACCAGCCCACCAGCCCACCAGGGAGAGGAGACGCAAUGAGAGGCAACGCCUGCCACCCUGUCUGUAACCCAGCUUCCCUUCCCUGCUUCCCUCAUGGGCCCUGUUAUAUCCUGUCUCGCAAAGCUCAUGGAACAUCUUUCUUUCAUCUUCUUUUUCUUUUCUCCCCCUCUUUCUUGAUCUGAAGAAAAAUCAUUUUGAUGCCAAGGUGAUGCACGUCAUCAGAUCUGAGGCGCUUCCUGUGGUGACCCCUUUUCUUGGCAUUUCUCUUAGCCUACUUGGCCUCCUCCACCAGGACCUCACGUUGCUUCUGGAGCCUGGGCCAGUGCUGCCAUCUUGGUUGUCUUUGGGGCGCCCGCCUGCUUACAGAGGAGGCGCCUGUGCCGGGAGCCGCGCCAUCGGCGGCGGCCUUCAUCAGCACACACAUUCAUCCCAUUUGUCAGGCUCAGACCUCCUACAAUGUGCUCCAGGGCCCCUCACCCACCUCUAUUCAAAGUUGCCUAAGCUACAUGUCUGACAGAGACGGUGCUCGGUGGUGGCAAGUUUAGGCCUGACUCGGACCGAGGGAGAAGAGAGAAAAUUUGCCUUAAAAGUUGCCCGGCAUUAGCUUUGCCACAUGGUCUGAAACGGCUCAUUCACACCCUUUUGAUUGACAUCUCAUUAUGGCAUGGAGUGGGGGCAAAGGUCUGAGUCCAGAUUUGACAGGAGGAGUCUUUCAGGGUUAACUUCAGAGGCUCCCAAAGUGACCAGAACUUUAGGGAGGGAGGCCCGGGGUGGGGAAUGGGAAUUAAGGUAGACCUGGGAACUGAUUCCUUUCAGGAAGGUCCACUGCCAACAGCAAGGACAGCUCGGACCAGAGGGCCUGCUCUGCCACCUUAGCUGUGUGUGGAGUGGAGCCCCAGCCUCAGGGGGACCAGAACAUCUGUGGUUUUAAUCCUAUAUCUGCACCGUACAGUCAAAAGGAUUUUUUUUUUUCAAAGAAAGAUGAGAUUAGCUUGGUUCUUCAUGAGCAUAUUUUAUAUUGUUCUUUUUUUCUUUUUUUCCUUGCUCAUUUCAUUCGGGGGGAGGAAAUCUGUGCUGUUUUGGGGUUGUGAAGAACACCUGCUCUCCAACAGUUUACAGAAAUAAAU